UUACCCUCUUCCAUUAUAAAUAAAACCCACCUCCGUUCUAACGAUUUUCUCCCCUCCCGUGGCGGUGGCUUAAAGCUCCAGCUUUUCUUAUCUCUUUGUUGGGUUGGGUUCCUUCAGGCGUUCUUCUGUGGAUCUGCCAGUUUCAAAGAUGAAUCAUUAUAUUGUUAAGCAGAAUACGUUUAUUUCACGUGAGGAGACUAAGGGCUUUGCCUCAAUCUCUGAUCUGAAGGACCCAAUUGUCUGCCCAAAGCCCAGGCGACUCGCAAUUCUUGCUAACAAUCACAUUAAACAGCCCUUAAGAUGGCACCAAACUGAGUUUUGUGAUUCAAAAGCUGGGGCAGAUCUCCUAGAUAUCAUCUUAAAGAAGGGGUCGGAACAAUCGAGCAGCCACGUAGCUUCGUCGCCCCCAUAUUUUAGUGGGUCUCCGCCGAGCCGGGCUUCGAACCCAUUAAUCCAAGAUGCGCGGUUUGGAGAUGAGAAAGUGAGUCCUAUGGCAGCAUUGCCUGCAUACUCCCCAUCAGGUCUGUCAUCUCCAUCGUCUGCAUCAUCGAAAGGAGGAGGGUGUGCGAGGAUGAAGUUUGGUCUAAAACCGGCUGCAGUUAGAGUAGAAGGAUUUGAUUGUCUUAGUAGGGACCGACAGAAUUCUAGGAUCCCUGCAGUUGCUNUGGAAGUGUAAAUAGAGAAUGGAGCUUAAAGAGUGUGCUGCAACAAAACAUUUCAACCACAGGCCUAAAGCUUACCUUUUAACAACCAGAGAAUUUGAGAACCCAUCAUCUCUAGUAGUAGUAGUGUACAUAUAAGAUGUUUUUGCUGGUGAUCAUCCGAAUUUGUUGUCUUUUUUUUUGGUUUUUUAAGGUAGCUUUGUGUGGGACGGUGGGAGUGUUUGUUUGAGUGACAAACAAACCUUGUAUUGUAGAGAAAAAGGUUUGGGUUUGGGAAGGGAUGAGUCUUGUUUUUUUCUUUUUCUUUUUUUGAUGAUCACCAUGAGUUUUAAUGUAUAGAGUUUUUUGCUGUUUGGUUCUUGGUCCAUUUGCCAUGUAAAUGUAUUGUGGUAAUUAUUUGUCCCAUCUUCUUGGAUUAUUGUUUGUUCUA